AUGAGAAGUGUUCCAACCUACCAGUGCUACCACCAUUCUUACACCUUCUUAGUCUUAAUUCUGUUUCUUGCUUUCUCUAUCUCUGCAAAUACUUUGUCAGCUACAGAAUCUCUCACUAUCUCAAGCAACAAAACCAUUAGAUCUCCUAGUGAAAUCUUUGAGCUCGGUUUCUUCAAUCUUGCAUCAAGUUCUCGUUGGUAUCUCGGGAUUUGGUACAAGAAAAUCCCUACAAGAACCUACGUAUGGGUUGCAAACAGAGACAAUCCUCUCUCUAGUUCCAACGGAACUCUCAAAAUCUCCGACAAUAACCUCGUCAUUUUCGAUCAAUCCGACACGCCGGUUUGGUCGACGAAUCUAACCGGAGUAGAUGUGAGGUCUCCAAUGGUUGCAGAGCUUCUUGAUAACGGUAAUUUCGUGCUCAGAGACUCCACAAAUAACGAUCGUGAUAGAUAUUUGUGGCAGAGUUUUGACUUUCCGACAGAUACUUUACUUCCGGAGAUGAAACUGGGUUGGGAUCUUAAAACCGGAAUCAACAGAUUCUUGAGAUCUUGGAAAAGUCCAGAUGAUCCAUCAAGCGGCGAUUUCUCAACUAAACUCGAAACCAGAAGGUUCCCUGAGUUUUACGUAUACAACAAAGAUUCGAUAUCGUACCGGAGCGGUCCGUGGAAUGGAUUCCGGUUUGGCAGCGACGUACCGGAGAUGAAACCAGUUGAUUACUUGGCUUACAACUUCACAGCAAGUAAUGAAGAAGUGACUUACUCAUAUCUAAUCACCAAAACCAACAUUUACUCAAGAGUAAGCUUAAGCUCCACGGGAUUAUUUCAACGAUUCACUUGGCUUGAGAGAGCACAAACAUGGGACCAAUUAUGGUACUCACCAAAGGACCUAUGCGAUAACUAUAAACAGUGUGGGAAUUUCGGUUAUUGCGAUUCGAACACUUCACCGGUUUGUAAUUGUAUCAAAGGGUUUAAGCCGAGGAAUGAGCAGGUGCAGGAGAUGAGAGAUGAUUCCGAAGGAUGCACGAGGAAGACGAGGCUGAGCUGUGACAGGGGAGAUGGGUUUGUGUUGUUGAAGAAGAUGAAGUUGCCGGAUACUACGGUGGCUAUUGUAGACAGAGAUAUUGGGCUGAAAGAAUGUGAAGAGAGGUGUCUAAAAGAUUGUAAUUGCACGGCGUUUGCUAAUACGGAUAUUCGUAAUGGCGGUUCGGGUUGUGCCAUUUGGACCGGAGAGAUUUUGGAUGUCCGAAAUCAUGCUAAGGGAGGUCAGGAUCUUUACAUUAGACUGGCCGCUGUUGAUCUCGCAGACAAGAGAACCAGAAAUGUAAAAAUCAUAGGUUCGAGUAUUGGAGUGAGCAUUUUGCUUCUCUUAAGUUUCAUCAUCUUUUGUUGUUGGAAAAGGAAACAGAAGCGAUCAAUAGCAGUUCAAAAACCUUUUGCAGUUAAUCAAGUGAGAAGCCUAGAUUGGCUAACUAACGAAGAGGUAAUACCAAGCAGGAGACACAUAUCCAGAGAAAAAAAAACAGAUGAUGUAGAGCUUCCAUUGAUUGAGUUUGAAGCUGUUGCCGUGGCCACAAACAAUUUUUCUAACUCCAAAAAGCUUGGACAAGGUGGCUUCGGUAUCGUUUAUAAGGGAAGGUUACUUGACGGAAAAGAAAUCGCGGUAAAGAGACUAUCGAAAAUGUCUUUGCAAGGUACUGAUGAGUUCAAGAACGAGGUUAUACUAAUUGCAAGGCUUCAGCACAUAAACCUUGUCCGACUACUUGGUUGUUGCGUCGAUAAGGGCGAGAAGAUGUUGAUCUAUGAAUACUUGGAGAAUCUAAGCCUUGAUUCUCAUCUCUUUGACAAAACCCGACGCUCUAACCUAAAUUGGAAAAUGAGAUUUGAGAUUACCAAUGGUAUUGCUAGAGGACUUCUAUAUCUUCACCAAGAUUCCCGUUUUAGGAUUAUCCAUAGAGACCUGAAAGUAAGUAACAUCCUGCUGGAUAAAAAUAUGACUCCGAAGAUCUCGGAUUUUGGGAUGGCCAGGAUAUUUGGACGGGAUGAAACAGAAGCUAAUACGAGGAGGGUGGUGGGAACUUACGGCUACAUGUCUCCAGAAUAUGCAAUGAAUGGGAUAUUCUCGGUGAAGUCGGAUGUUUUCAGCUUUGGGGUCUUGCUUCUUGAGAUUAUAAGUGGCAAGAGGAGUACAGGAUUCUACAACUCAACUGGUGACCUUAGUCUCCUCGGUUGUGUGUGGAGGUAUUGGAAGGAAGGAAAAGGGCUAGAGAUCGUUGAUCCGAUCAUCAUUAAUGAUUUAUCAUCAGCACCAUUCCGAACAGAUGAAGUAUUAAGAUGCAUACAAAUUGGUCUCUUGUGUGUUCAAGAACAUGCUGAAGACAGACCACUUAUGUCGUCCGUAAUGGUGAUGCUUGGAAGUGAAACUACAGCUAUUCCUCAGCCUAAACGACCUGGUUUUUGCGUUGGGAGAAGUACUCUUGAGACUGAUUCAUCAUCAAGUACACAGCGCAACAACGAAUUUACUGAGAACCAAAUCACUCUCUCGGUCAUUGACGCUCGGUAAUUUGAACGUUACUGACCCAGUCUGAUUAUAUACAUGUUAUUUUUUAUGUAAGUUUCAAUAGCAAGGUUU